GCAGACUUUACCAGAAAUUUGAACCUGUGUGCAGUGAUACCUAAUACGUCUUGACCGAAGCGCUUUUAUUACAGUGAUCAGUCAAUUUGGAUUAACAAUCAGGCUAGGAAUUAACUUUUCUUCUGGACUUUGUGAGAGAAACGACUGAACCAACAAUAAUAUGGGAAAGGAAAAUAUAUGGCUGCUGGUUAUUUGGAUAUCUUUGGCCAAAAAGUGUACAGGUUUUUCAACUACUACUGAAGACACUGUAUUGAGCAACACGACCGAGUGGAUUACUGACCUCAGUGACAUACAAUCAAAGUUCUCGCUGCGAACGGCAGAGAUUCCUGACGAUGAUCUUUGCUACAUUGUGCCUGGACAGAAAAACACCAUCUCUGAGUGCCAAUUCAAUCUCGAAGCAAAGACCUUUGUGGUCAUUCACGGAUGGACGGUGACGGGGAUGUACGAGAGCUGGGUCCCCAAACUGGUGUCGGCACUGUACGAGCGGGAGCCCAGCGCUAACGUGGUGGUGGUGGACUGGCUGGAGCGGGCAUCGCAACACUACCCCACCUCCGCCGCCUACACCAAGCUUGCGGGCCGCGAUGUGGCCAAAUUUGUCCAAUGGUUACAGAGGGAGCUGCAUUACCCGUGGGAGAAGCUUCACCUUCUGGGAUACAGUCUUGGCGCCCAUGUGGCUGGGAUUGCAGGGCUUCUGACGAACAACAAAAUCAACAGGAUAACAGGCCUGGACCCCGCGGGCCCCGGGUUCGAGUAUGCGGAUGAGCAGAGCACCCUCUCCCCCGGAGACGCCCUUUUUGUGGACGUCCUGCACACCAACACCAGGGGCUCGCCCGACCGGAGCAUCGGGAUCCAGAGGCCCGUGGGGCACGUGGAUAUCUACCCCAACGGGGGCACCUUCCAGCCGGGCUGCAACCUGCAGAACACCAUGAUGAUGAUCGCCACAUCUGGUUUCCAGAACAUGGACCAGAUCGUGAAGUGCUCCCACGAGCGGUCCAUCCACCUGUUCAUCGACUCGCUGGUCAACAAGCAGCAGGAGAGCAUGGCCUUCCGCUGCGGCUCCAAGGAGGCCUUCAACAAGGGCCUGUGCCUCAGCUGCCGCAAGAACCGCUGCAACAAGGUGGGCUACGGCACCAACAAGGUCCGCUCCGUACGCAGCUCCAAGAUGUACAUGAGGACCCGCGAGAUCAUGCCGUACAAAGUGUUCCACUACCAGGUGAAGGUGCACGUCUUCAGCCAGGACCAGCUGAGCUUCACUGAGCAGCCCAUAUUAGUGUCCCUCUUCGGAACGGAGGGGGAAAAAGAAGACAUCCCCUUCACCAUGCCCUUUCUGAACAGCAACAGCACCAUCUCCUUCCUGCUGACCACCGACGUGGACAUCGGCGAGCUGCUGAUGGUGAAGAUGAAGUGGGACAAGGACUCGUACUUCAGCCUGUCUGACUGGUGGGGCAACAACAAGUUCAGGAUCCGCAAGCUGAGAAUCAAGGCGGGGGAGACACAGGCCAAGGUGAUCUUCAGUUCGAGAGAGGGGGAGUUUGCGUACCUCGUGAGAGGAGGCGGGGACGCGGUCUUCGUGAAAUCCAAAGAGGAGGAGAGUAGCCAGAAAGCGGAACGGCGGCACAAGCUGAAGAUGAACGGCAGCCUCUUCAAGGGAAACGCUGAGGGAACAAGCCUCCCAAAAUAAGAUCGCUCAAGUUUGUACUGUACAUCUCAUAUCAGUGUUUUAUCACAUAGUCAUCCGUGUCUACCGCUCGCCUUGAAUAUGAAUUUUUCAAGCACGGCCUGUCUGUCUAAAUCAUUUCACAGGCAUUUUUUUCACGUUGGUCCACAUCCAGAAACUUUUAUCUUCUUUGUUCUAAUGAAGGGCUACAGUAGCCAGGUAAACAGUGUCUGGCAGACGUUGUCCUCAACAGUUCACUGAUAUUGUUUGCAUAAUACAUAUAUGUAAACUACAUACAGUAAGUUCACUGAUAUUGUUUGCAUAAUACAUAUAUGUAAACUACAUACAGUAAGUUCACUGAUAUUGUUCGCAUAAUACAUAUAUGUAAACUACAUACAGUAAGUUCACUGAUAUUGUUUGCUUAAUACAUAUAUGUUAGCUAAAUACAGUAAGUUCACUGGGAUUCCUUCGUUGUGCCUUAUAGCUUGUGUUGAAUACGUAGAUUGUUUCGAUUAAAUGUUAUACAUAUAUGCAAUUCUUCAGAUAACCGAGAUUUUUCUUUUCUCCAAAUCUAAGAUAGAAAUAUAUUAAUCGCAGAAUGUUCACACGUGGUGCUCGCCCUCGGGUAGAGAAGCCAUGCGCACUGCUGCAAAGCUCAGGCCGGCCCUAUUAACUGCUACGUAUAUCACAGGGACCAAAGACAGUAGCUUCUAACAGAAUCUGUUACAUCAGUUAUCGUUUCACUGAUUAAAAAAAAAAAUCGUUAUUGAGUGUUUAUUAACCACUGUGCACAUCUCUGAAAUUCUGUUUUGUGCUACUCGCAUUUGGUUAUCGUGAUUGGCACAGGUCACUUUAAGGGCUCCGGUGCCCGCCCAGUCAGCCCAACAUCCACGUCGGCGUGGAACCAGCCAGAUCGUUCCAACUGAGAUCCUGCUUCAUUCAGGGGGUCCUGGCGGGGUGGUGGCGCAACGUGUGAGCCUCGCCUCCAGGACAUCCGUCAAACAAUGCGUUCGUUUCGAAAGUUAAAAAACACACCAGACCUCGGCCUUUUCACCAGCUGCUCUGCGUUGCUUUGCUUUUUCAGACAUACCGUCAUGCUUUUUUUUCCUUUUUUUUUUGCUGAGAGGUCAAGCUAAUGUUCCACGACGAAAAGGGUCAGAGCCUUCCUGCAGACCUGGACGGGUUGCACUGCACAAUAGUCCACCACACAUUUGAAGGCUACUUCAUAUUCUAUUUAUUGAAUGUAUAUAUGUGUAUAUUAAGCUGUAAUAUAUUUUGCCAAGUUUCCAAUGCUGUCUUUUUGUUUUUGUUUUACGAUGCUUAUCUUUUUUUUUUUUUUAACUGAGUGUAUUUGAGUAGUGUGUGCGGCCUGAAUCGAGUACUUUACUUGGAUUGGUUCUGUGCGGUUUAAGUGCGGUUGCCAUUCGGUCCUUAUGUGCUGCAUGAAAAUAUGAUAUUGUAAUAAACUCAGUACACGCGA